AUGACCACUUCUUCGUUCAAGUUCCUCUCGCUCGCGGCCCUCGUUGUUGCCGCCGUCAAUGCCGCCACCGUCAUCACGCCGACCUCGCUGACAGCCUGCCAGAACGCCAACAUCGCUUGGAGCGGUGCCCAGGGAAAGGUCUACCUCUCUGUCCUCCAAGGCAAAGACACGUCGCAGAAACCCAUCAAGACUUUCCCAGAACAGGAUGGCGCAUCUGGCAGCUUACUUUGGGCGCCUGUUGAUAUCAAGCCCAAUACCGAGGUCACAAUCCAGAUCAACGAUGGUAGCGGAACCCCAAAUUAUUCGAGCCAGGUAACGGUCAUGCCAGCAGUUGGCGAGUGA